GGCAGUUUCCAUGUUUAUUCAUUUGACAAAUAUUCAACUUUACACCCGUCAACAUUGUGUUCAUAGAAAACCUACGCUUUAUCGAAAUAGUUUCAAGUUGCCACGAAGAGUUCCAAAAGUCUUGAUAUUAUUAUGUAGUAGUGCAAACCAACCUUCCUCCUCUUUGAAACGAGCAGAAAAUGAAAGGAACGAAUACGGCAGCGACACUUUUGCCAAGAUUCAAAAGUAUUUUGAAGAAGCAAGUCAGAGAUUAGGGUUUUCGCAAGAAGACGUGGAAACUCUUUCUCAGUCUUUACUUUCAACUUUAGGUAUUCAAAAGUCUACGACUCCUGUAGUCAUACGUUACCCUGAACAAGAACAGUUCCAACUUCCGUAUAUGUUGAUAUUAGCAGGAUAUGCUUUUGAAAGUUACAACGAGCCCUUACCUCUUUACUGUGAGGAGAUGACAGAAAAUUGCUUUGUAGCCUUUGUGUCAAGACGUUUAAUGGAAUGUUUCGGUUCAGGUUUCUUAGUUGUUAAAAUGAAAGAGUUGGACGGUUUUCAGUUAUCAAAAGUUAAGGGAUUUCGAUUAUGUAUGGGUUCACGUGUUGCAAAGUUUCAAAACCUUUGGUCAUCAGAUCCGUCAACACUUCGUGAAAAGCGGAAACUAUCCAAUUUGUUCCAAGCUUCUUCUUCAAGUGGAGAGCAGAGUUCCGAUGGUAUUUUAUUUGGUUGUAUUCUUGUCGAUUUUGCUUCAGAACCACAAAAGAAUGAAUGCUUUGAUACUUUGCCUAUCUUUUUGAUGCAGUUUUGCUCUGAUGAGUUGGCAACAAAGCAAAGUGUUUGGGCUCAAGUUUCGGUAUCUCUUAUGGAAAGACUGGAUGACUUGAAACAAAUAUAUACACUUGCCAUUCGCACGAUUGCUUUUGUAGGAAUUCCAUUUCUACUAAGGCGUCUAUUGUUUCAAAUACUUCGACUAGUUUUGCAAUAUAUUCCGAAAUGGAAAGGCUACCAAGAUAGACCGUUUUAUCUCUUAAAGGAAUAUAUAAAACCACGUGUAAUUGGUGUGGCAAAAGCAGAAAUUUCUUAUCGAAAAUGGAAUAAUCUAUGGUCUUAUUCUGAUGACCGCUUAUUUUGGGAGACUAUACAAAAGUAUCAAAGAACUUAUCUCAUUGCCAAUGAAACGCAACGUAAAGCCCAUUUUAGAGAGAAAGAAUCUAUCAAGUGGAAAGAGCUGACUGAAAGAUAUUUAGCUUCAUCAUCGACUAUGGAAUCCUUUGACAAAACGGAACUAUUGUGUAUGAUUGAAAAUAUUGAAACGGACACGGAACUUUUAAUUUGGCAACAAAAGGAUUCUACUGUUCCUAUUUUAUACAUAGCUUUUAGAGGAACAGAACAACAUAGCUGGCAAGACUUUUUUACGGAUGCAUUAGUUUAUCAACAACCUUAUUUCUUUGGAGACGAUGGUAUUGACUCUGAUCUUCAUAUCAAUCUAUUCAAGGAUGCUGUCUCUUCCAAGAUCCCAAAGAAUGAUGCCUACUUUCAGUUUCAUCAAACCGAAUGGAAAUGGAACCAUGGACACACACAAGUUUCGCAGGAGGAAUUAUCCAAAGACCAAGAAAUACAAUCAUACAUUGAACAACAAUUGGCAUGUCCUUUUGAAGGUCCUAAAGUACAUUAUGGUUUCCUUCGUUCGUUUGUUGGAAUUCGGGAAACAUUUCUUCAAGUCAUUGAAAAAGCAGUUGGUUCAAAAUAUUUGCAACACCACGAUGUGAAAAUGACGCCUAUUCUGUAUUUCACUGGUCAUUCUUUAGGAGGUGCAUUAGCCACUUUAGCUGCUGGUGAAGUCUCUUACAAACAUCCUUCUUGGCAAAUACGAAUGUACAAUUUUGGUUCUCCCAGAGUUGGUAAUGCAGAGUUUGUGAAUAUUUACAAUCAGUUGGUUCCUCAUAGUUUCCGAGUGGUGAAUGAUACCGAUAUUAUUGCAAGGAUUCCUCGUAGUCAAAAUUUUGAAUAUUAUCAUGUUGGUCAUACUGUGUUGAUUAAUCAACGAGGAGAAAUAUGGACCCAAAGUCAUUCAAGAGAAGAAGACCCAUUGGAUGAUAACUGGUCCAGUUUACAAGAAAUGUUGGAAGCAGAAUGGUCUUUACUAAAUUCUCUUUCUAAAGGAAUAUCUUUGGAACAUCAUUUGGAAGCUGCUUAUUUAGUAGCAAUGGAAAGUUUAUUGAGGAAGAGCAUUCAUUAAAUGGGAAUUUCAUUUUUUGGGAAGAAAAUAUUGUCAACCACCAAAGAGAGAGAGAGAGAGAGAGAGAGA